AUGGAGUACGUCCUGGCAGCCAACGCUGGUCAGCGGCAACCUUCCCUCCGGAGAGAGCGCACCUUCCACCGGCGCCUAGCCUUGGACGAGGUUCCAGACCAGCACCUCCGUUACUACAGGUUCCCGAGGGAACAUAUUCGGGCCCUUUGUACGACACUAGAGCCUCGACUGCAGCGGCCUACGGCGCGGUCUCGCGCCUUACCGGUGGAUGUGCAAGUGCUGCUCGCUUUGCGCUUUUACGCAAGUGGCAGUUUUCAGUCUAUGGUAGGGGACACGGUUGGCGUGAGCCAAUCGAGUGCGUCGCGCAUUGUGGCACAAGUAACUGACGCCCUGUGCUCGCUGGCUGCGGAGCACAUACGCUUCCCGACGACAAUAAGGGCUGCUAAUGCUACGGCCAUCGCCUUUUCGCAGAUAGCUGGGUUUCCCAAGGUCCUUGGAUGCAUUAAUGGCGCUCAUGUGCAAAUCAAGCCUCCUAAGGGCCAGGAACACUUGUACAGGAACCGAAAAGGCCUGUACACAAUCAAUGUACAAGCGAUCUGCGAUGCUGAGGGUGUCAUUACCCAGCUGACAUCGAAAUGGCCCGGCAGCACCCACGACAGCUUCAUCUGGGCCGACUGUGACCUUCGAAGGUGCUUUCAGAGACGGGAAUUGCCCCACGGCUGGUUACUAGGUGACUCUGGGUAUGCUUUAGAGCCAUGGCUGCUCACCCCUAUAAGGUCUCCGGUUGGCCCUGCCGAGGAGCAGUACAACUCGGCCCACACUCGAACGAGGCAAGUCAUUGAGAGGACCUUCGGGGUUCUAAAGGGACGCUUCAGAUGCCUGCACCAGUCCGGGGGUGCUCUACAGUACAGUCCGCUGAUGUGCACCAAAAUAGUGGUGGCAUGCACCAUGCUGCACAACAUGUGUGUCCGACAUGGCAUUGACUUCAGCUUUACUGAUGAUGACCCUUUCUUGGACGAGGAAGGGGAUGACCCUGAACUACCGUGUCUGCAAGAAGACACAGCAGCUGGGAUUGUUGUGCGACGCCAGGAUAUUCAGGCCAUCCAUUCAUUGGCUGAGCAGAUGGUAUGGCAGCUGAAGUUUUCUUCACUGUACAAUAUGUAUACAAAAAACUUUAUUUCGUCAUGUUGUCUUCAUUUUCCAAGUAGCAGUUAA